GUUGAUACCAUCGAUGACCGAUACCACUAUUCACUCAUGGCGCCCAGAAUUAACACACGGGAUAGGGAAGCUCUCAGGGCUCUGCCUCGUUUGAUGCAGCGUAAAAUUGAUGGGGCAUUGCGUGGCUCAGUCGAAGAUCUCCGAGAUGUCGUUGGUAGUCUCAAUCAACUCAAGGAUGUCACGCCACUUUUACUCCCCGUCUUUCACGCACAACUAGAGGCAUACCCUAUUCCGGACAGAAUUAGUCCUGAUGUUGUACCAGUGAUCAUGCUCGCCAAAUGGUCCAUGGGUGGCAUUGUACAAAUUUGUCAUAACCUCGGCAGCAAUAUCAGUAUUGGAGAACGCAUUGUCCAUGACGCUGUUGCUUCAAAGUGGGAGAUGCUCUUCCCGUGGAUGCAGUUCUUCAGCAACAACUUCCUCCCACCUUCGCAAAGACCUGCUGCCCUCCCGCAUGGCCUGUCUGUUAGCACUUACGAAGCCCUUAGGAUUACCAUACAUCCACUAUCAACCUUGUGUCAAUUCACAACAAUUGGCAGGCAAUUGAUGAGGACGAACCCCACUGUUCAAGCAUUCUUCUUCCGGGCUUGGGUCAUUGUCGAUGGGUUGAAGAGUGAUGAUGUCGCUGAUCCUCUUCGAGAAGGCGACAAGAAUCUCAGUGCACUGAUACGUGCGAAUAUGUGCUCGCUCAGCGUUAUUUGCAUGGAAGACACUCCUGCGUCUCUGCCAGUAUCCAUCAUCUCCUCUGUUGCCGGCGGAACCCUCCCCAUGGCCUCAUUAGCCCUCCGAUAUAUUCGUCGUAUGACUAAAGAGGUGUCCAACAUGCCAGAACCUCGGUUACGAGCAAGAGAAAACGUUGACUUCUCAUCCAUGACAGUAUGUGCUACUGGUUUGGCUCAAGCCAUCCUCUUCAUGCAAUCAUUGGGCGAUAGAGAGGGCGGCUGUCACGAAUUGCUCCUCCAAAUCGGCUCAAUUCGUACUGUCCUAAGUGCUAUCACAACACUCUGGGAACGACUCCUAACCCCUGCUUGGAAUAGUUCCGAUAAUGAACCAGAUAUAGGGCUGGCGGCGCGACGCAGAGUGUUAUAUAUAGCAUAUCGCUAUAUCGGGUAUUCAAUGAAUUGCGCAAAUGACUCUGCUUUGGUGAUAUCUCAGGCCAUUCAGCAUGGGCUACUCGAAUGUCUCCUACGGACUGGGUCAUCGCGAGCUGAACGUGUCGACAAUACCAAACGCUUUGAUGAUGACCAUGACAUUCAAUUGCUCAAAGAGCUUCCCCGGUUCUUCGUAUUCUCAAAAGUGCUACGGGUUCUUCAACCCGCCCUUCAGAGAUUAGAUCGGCUAGGCCUUGAAGAACAAGCGUCCCAAGACCCUGUAUUAUGGGAGUUAUGGCAAGCCGUUGACUCCGCGGCCCGUACCUUCACCAAUUUCCACGAGCUGCCUGAAGGAGCUCCUUUCUACCGAUAUCAAUGUUGUAGCCCGAAAUGCUCUCUCAAUUUCUCUGAAGACGAUGUCACAGCAUAUCGUUGUUCGGGAUGCAUGCUGACACGUUACUGCUCAAAAGAUUGCCAGAAGGAAGCUUGGGAAUCCGGCCACCGUGUUCACUGCCGCAUGCUGCGUUCUGCUCUCGGCAAUCAAGAUGUACGCGAGAUCCGCAAAAGUUUGCCCGUUAUUGCGAUGAUCGAGUCUUGGAUAUGCGAAGAACGCGUUAACGAAAUCAGGGCACUCGAUAAAGAUGUGGUGAAAACCUCCGAAAACGAUCGCUCCAUCGUAGAGGUGGACCUGACCGUUUAUCCCAUCGAAUUGAAUAUGUACUCCUUGCGGGACUAUUUCCUUGUUUCCGGCUCUCAUACCUUCGAACGAGAAGUUGCUGAGUCGAUCACAACCUCAGAAGAUAGCCCAUACGAUCUGGUUGCGGUCAAGGUCAGGCUUGGGAGAGAGUAUUAUUCUUUGUUCAGCCCAGCAACCGCUUUGGGUGUCGCGUUUGGGUGGACGUCGGGCAUCCAAGGAGGACGAUACAUCCACGAGCAUCCUCGGACGCCUGAUCCAUGAGAUUGCACGAGAAGUCUAGUUUGGCAAUACCCUCAACCAAGGUAUAGUCACUUAGCACUUGCAUUCUGGAGCUCGGACGAGGCGCGUUACUGAAAUUUGAAGCGGCAUUUUAAAGGAAAAUCGCGUGGUUCACAGGACUGCAUGGACCCCCGGAGGCCUUCAACUUAUCGUGGAUAAACGGUAUCUGGUGCUGUGACGCGCAUUAGAAGAUGGAAAGAUUGGUUCUUUAGAAAUAACCCUACAGCCCUACUCCAAUGAUUUACACUAUAGCUUUGGCUAGCUGGGAUAGCCAUAUACCGGACAAAGUAGAAACGGACUCUUACUUACCAUCUCCAUGCUAAACUUCUGCUUCUGACUUCACGAUUAACAACCUUCAAGGA